UUCCACCGCAUCGGCCACCAUUCAAUUCACGUUUGGAGUCAUACCAGAUUCCGACAACUCACCAAAACGCCACCAGUCUGAUGUUCUGCCGCUCUGUUCUCCGUUGUCUGACUUCACUCGGCUCCUCCGCGUUCCGAAUCACGCCUCAGAAGCCUUCACAGCGCUGUCCCGCCAAUAGCAAGCCGCGCUUCGACUUUGUUAGCGGAUGUGCGCCAAUCUGUAACGCCUAUUGUCAGCCUCGCCCGAGACAUUCCAGCCAAGCUUCCCCUGGUGGGGCUGACCAACAUCGUGGAGUCGCUAUGUUCUUUCCUUUUCCUCUCCUCUCCUCUCUUCUCUUCAUAAAUUUAAUAUAAGACAGAUUUUUCCUAAUAAUUUUUGGAGACCGAUUUCUUUAUAUACAGCUUUCACAUCGCAGAGUUGGAAUAGCGGGGAUAGGGAUUGAGAUCUUGGAUUGCGACGAUGGUUGGCGUUCUGGCUCUUGCGAUCUUGGGGGUAACAGCGUACUUGACGCUGAAGGUGUCUUCCCUCCGAC